AUGCUGUCUAAAAUUCCUAAAAGUUUCAGGCCUUUUUAUCUUUGUAGUUGUCUGCUCUAUUUUAUUUGGCAUUUAUCCAGACCAAGGUGUGUCCUGGCAGAUGUUGGCUGUAUCACCUCUGGAAAGCUUCUCUAUGAAUCUGACCGAUUUUCAUGAUUCUGCUCUGUUGAAGUUAGACAUAGGAGGCCCAUUUCUUGCAGAUGUAGUUGAUCAGCAAACAGAGGAAUACGUUGUAGUGCAAAUCAGCCAGACUGAAGAUGCUGGGCCAAGGAGAAGACGCCAGCAGCAGGUGGUAUACAACUGGUCUCUACCCUUAAGUUCAAGACGAAAUCAACAAAUCAUCACAACUAGAACCUUUCAGAUACCAAACAGGGGCACCAUCUUCAUAAACAUUCAAGCUUUCCUACAGGAGUCUCGAAGUGUCCCUCUGUCCAUGAAGCAUCAAUACCUUCAUGCAAAUAUAGAAGCACAAGUAACAAUUGCAUCCAUCAUCUUAGUAGGUGUCUACGUGCUGAUCAUACUGGAAAUUGUUCACAGGACCCUUGCGGCGAUGCUGGGCUCUUUGGCAGCUUUGGCCGCCUUAGCUACUGUUGGGGAGAGGCCAAGUAUGAUCAAAGUGGUGGAGUGGAUUGAUUAUGAGACACUGGCGCUGCUGUUUGGAAUGAUGGUUCUGGUGGCCAUAUUUUCAGAGACUGGAUUCUUUGAUUACUGUGCAGUAAAGGCUUAUCGAUUCUCUAGAGGCAAGGUGUGGGCCAUGAUUACGCUUCUGUGCCUCAUUGCUGCAAUUCUUUCCGCAUUUUUGGACAACGUUACCACUAUGAUGCUCUUUACUCCUGUAACCAUAAGGCUCUGCGAAGUACUUAAUCUUGAUCCUAGGCAUGUCCUGAUUGCAGAAGUAAUCUUCACAAAUAUUGGGGGGGCUGCCACAGCUGUUGGGGAUCCUCCAAAUGUGAUUAUUGUUUCAAAGCAGGAAUUGAGGAAGCAGGGAUUGGACUUCGCAGCCUUCACAGGGCAUAUGUUUGUUGGCAUCUGCCUGGUUGUUCUGGUCUCGUUUCCUUUUCUCAGACUUCUUUACUGGAACAAAAAACUUUACAAUAAGGAGCCAAGUGAAAUUGUUGAGCUGAAACAUGAGAUUUAUGUUUGGAGACUGACUGCACAGCGCAUUAACCCUGCCAGCAGAGAGGAGACUGCCGUGAAAUGCCUCUUGAUGCAGAAGGUGCUGACACUGGAGAUGCUCUUAAGGAAGAAGCUCAUGACAUUUCACAGGCAAAUUUCACAAGAAGAUAAAAACUGGGAAACAAAUAUUCAGGAACUCCAGAAAAAACACAAAAUAACAGAUAAAAUUCUUCUCAUCAAAUGCCUGACUGUGCUGGGAUGUGUUAUUCUCAUGUUUUUUCUCAACUCAUUUGUUCCAAGCAUCUACCUAGAUCUUGGCUGGAUUGCCAUAUUGGGAGCCAUUUGGCUGCUAGUGCUUGCAGACAUCCAUGAUUUUGAGAUGAUAUUGAACAGAGUGGAGUGGGCAACCCUCCUUUUCUUUGCAGCACUGUUUGUUCUCAUGGAGGCUUUGGCUCAUCUGCACUUAAUAGACUAUAUAGGAGAGCAGACAGCUUUGUUAAUAAAGGUGGUUCCUGAGGACCAGCGCUUGGCAGUGGCCAUCAUUCUAGUGCUUUGGGUGUCUGCUUUAGCCUCCUCUGUGAUUGACAAUAUCCCCUUCACAGCUACAAUGAUCCCUGUGCUUCUCAACCUGACUAAAGAUCCUGAUGUAAACUUGCCUAUGAAACCAUUAAUCUUCUCAUUGGCCAUGGGCGCAUGCCUUGGAGGUAAUGGCACAUUGAUUGGAGCAUCCGCGAACGUUGUUUGUGCAGGAAUUGCUGAACAGCAUGGUUAUGGCUUCUCUUUUAUGGAGUUUUUCAG